AUGGCACAUAUCCAAUUAACUCUAACCCUAAGACGUAAGAAAGUGAGUGGGAAACGAUCUAGAACGGGGUGUCGAACCUGCCGCAUCCGGCGAAUUAAGUGCGACGAAACCCCAGGGCGAUGUAAGAACUGCAUCGCUGCCAAUUGGCAAUGUGAGGGGCUUGAUACGUACCGGUUGCCCCGAAAAGCCGGCACAGGCCUGUGGGACAUGGGCACCCGCAUAGGCUGGUCCAUGACCGCGGACGAACAUCGAUGCUUCUCGUACUUUCAGCACCACACUGUUGCGAACCUGACCGUUUUUUUCGACUCGCCACUCUGGCAGCAGCUGGUCCUGCAGAUGUCCCGAGCCGACCCGGCUGUGUUCCAUGCGGUAAACAUGUUGAGCGCCGCGCAGCAAGAGUCGGAGGCGCAUGAAAUGCAGCUAUCGGAAGGGGCACACCGUCGCAGUCAAGGGUAUUACUUUUCUCUCCGGGAGGCCACGCGGACCAUGAGACUCCUAAAUGAACGUCACGCCUCCCAGGAUCCCCAGCUGCGUCAAGUGAUUCUCGUAUGCUGUCUGCUCUUCGUAAUAUCCGAGGUGCUCCUGGGACGUUGGGAUUGUGCACUUGCGCAUCUGCGUAGUGGUCUUCGUAUACUAAAAGAGCUCGAGGACCACAACCAGCUUGAGUCAGAGGUUGCACCGGCCUUACUGGCGGUAUUCCGGCGCUUGGAUGUCCAGGCCUCGCUGUAUGGCACCGGUGAUCCCAUCUUGCGUUUGGAGCAGGAGCCGAACUCGUCGUCACAUCUGUUCCAGGCCCCUUCAGGGGGAUUCACUAGCCUGAGCCAGGUACAAGAGGCUCUGGCAAAUGUGAUGGAACAGGGGAUUCCCCUUUUUUCCCGGAGCCUGAUCCUUUCCGAGACCAACUACGAGUCACUCUAUUUGACCCAGGGACGCCUACUUAGGGGCCUCGCCCAGUUUGACGAGCACUUCAAGCUCUUCUACGAGCGACACUAUCACAAGCUGAGCGAAAAAGAGCGCCGGGGCGCAGACAUUGUUAAACGGAACUAUAUUGGCCACACCCUGGCUCUCAAGAUGCUGUUCAUCCAUGGCCCAGUUCCCGAGCAUUUUAUUCCAGAUUUCCUUGCUGUGCUGCAGGCCCAUGAGGACAAGUUCGACCAAUUCCGGAAGCUGUCAGGCAUGGUCAUGGAUCACCUUUUAAUCGCCAAUGUGUACCUGGUGGCCACACGGUGCCCGGACGCAGGGAUUCGCUUGCGGGCGAUCUAUCUCCUGCGAGCCUGGCCGCAUUAUGAGGGGCUGCACAAUUCCGUCGUGGCGGCGAUGAUGGCAUUCCGGGCGCUCCAGAGGGACUUUCCCAAUCAGAAAAUUGCCAACUCGAUCGUGCGGAUGACCAAGAAAGACGAAGGCUUUCUAUUCGACUCGAUCAAGUCCAUGAGGAAUGGCAGUGUCCAGCCCACGAUUCCAAUAGUGAAAUUGUCCGACCUCCUGCAGGGGUGUAUAUGA